AUGGCCCAGCUCUGUUUCUCAGGAUCUAGGCCUAGGAUUUUAUUAAAAGCCCAUUUUGACCGCCCUGCUGUGGUUUUGGGUACCAAAGCCCUGCAGCAGCAAACAGUCCCUCCUGGGGACACAGCAGGGGCUGACAGUCUCCAUGAAGAAGCUGUUAGGCUUCGCCUCACACACACUUUUGUUGUACAGGCUGUUUCUUGGUCUGAAGGAAUACAAAUGCUGUGGGGAAGGAAGAAGAGGAGCAGCACAACUGCCUUGGGCUCUCUUCCAGAUGAGGCAUCCAGAGAGGCAAUCUCUGCUGCUACUGCUGGCUCAUCCAAAAGGAGAGAUCCCUCCAAAGACACCUCCAGAUCCAAAGAGAUCCAUGUCCAGGGAAUCCUGAAACCAAAAAUGCCUGUCUCCAACACUAUGUGCAAUAUAAAAGCAUCAUCGAGGAUCCUCUCGGCAGAAAACAUUCACAGGCAAAAGCAGCUCCUAAAAAGUAAGGCAGGUGAUUAUGAAUUCUGUGGGUCAAGUGGCAAAAGAAAGGAGCUCAGGGUGGAGGAUGAGGAGGAGGGAGGCAGGAGGGUAACAGUACCUGUGGCUCACUCACCAGGUGUGACUUCUGAGAAAAAUGACACACUCAACUGGCCAGAAACCAGAAACCAGCUGGAGAAGACUCCAGCAGCCCCACGGACACUGAGGGAAGCCCUAGAAAUCCACAAUCCUCAGUUCAUCUCUCGCUCCCAAGAAAGGCUGAGGAGGCUUGAGCAGAUGGUGCAGCUGAGGAAAGCCCAGCAGAGCGACAUUCCUCUGAGCCACCCAGGAGCACUUGUUCGCAAGCUUUCCUCAGCAUCCACUUCCAGCAAGAAAAAGCAGUACACCAUUCCUGACCCUCUCAGUGAUAACCUCUUCAAACCAAAGGAAAGAUUCAUUCCUGAGAAGGAGAUGCACAUGAGAUCUAAAAGGAUUUAUGACAACUUACCUGAAGUUAAGAAGAAACAAGAAGAGAAGCAGAAAAGGAUCAUCAUCCAGAGCAACAGGCUGCGUGUUGAGAUGUUUAAGAAGCAAUUACUGGACCAGCUCCUUCACAGAAACACAGAAUGA